AAACAACUCAUCUGCCGCAACGGUCGCAAUUUCUCCGCACCGAUUGUGUUACAUUUUUUUGUUGCACUCUGUACAUUCAUUACAUUUUCCGUUUCCUUCUGUAAGCCGUAGCCCCUGUUAAGUGCCAUUUAGUUGUUGUCCAUGUGCUUUGUUCUGUACUAUACGGAUUAGUUAAAUUAUCGUGACUUACUUUGAAUCUUUUUUUGGGUUUGCCGUUUCGGUUUCGUGUGCAAUUCAGUACCGCAUUUUGUAGCUGUGUAGUGAGUGUGUGUAAAAUAAACAAUGUCAAAACCGAACGUUCUAGUCCUUGGAGGAUGCGGAUUUAUUGGACGGCAUCUAGUGGAUCAUCUGGUUGCGAAUGAUCUAGCGGGACGCAUUAAAGUGGUCGAUAAGACACCGCCACUAAUGGCGUGGCUUAACAGCAGACACACGCAAGCAUUCGCGGACGCACGGGUCGAGUUUGCGAGUGCCAAUUUGAUCAAUCCAACCUCGUGCCAAAAUGCGUUCCGAAUGGAGGAGGAAGGAGGAGAGAAGGAGGAGGAGAAACAGGAGCAAACGGUCGGAGGAUGUUGGGACUAUGUGAUAAACUGUGCGGCCGAAACGAAACCCGGCCAAACGGAUCCCGUCUACCAGGAGGGCAUACUGAAGCUAAGCUUAAACUGUGCAACAGAGGCUGUGAAGUGUAAGGCUAAGCGCUACCUUGAACUGAGUACUGGCAGUAUGUGCUCCGACGAGAAGGUGCCGCAAAAGGAGGACUGCCCCAUCGAGCCCUGGACGAUGGUGGGCAAGUACAAGGCGAAGGUCGAGCAGGAGCUUAUCGCCAUAAAGGAUUUGCCUUACACCAUAUUGAGACUGCCGAUAUGCUAUGGCGUAGGAGACCGGAAAGGGCUGACACCGCGUAUUAUUAUAGCAGGGAUUUACAAGCAUCUCGGGGAAACGAUGAAGCUACUCUGGACCGGCACGAUGAAGAUGAACGUGGUGCACGUAGAGGACGUGUGUGGCAGCAUUUGGGAGUUGCUGCAAACCGAUCGCACGCUGCACGAAACGAUCAACGUGUGCGAUGACAGUGACGCUACCCAGGGACUGAUCAGCGAGCUGCUAGCCGAGAUGUUCGGCAUCAAGAUCGAUUACUGGGGCGUUACGAUGUCCAAUAUGACGAAGCUCGAUAUGGCGGGUGCUAUCGAGGAGAUUAACGACCGUCACCUUGGACCGUGGGCCGAGCUGUGCCAGCGGGACGGUGUGCAAAAUACACCGCUCACGCCGUACAUGGACCAGGAGCUGCUCUUUCAGAAGCAUCUGCAUCUGAGCAACGAGAAGCUUAAAUCGUACGGGUACAAGCUGCGCCGUCCCCGGAUCACGAGGGAACUGCUAGAGGAGAUAGUGCAGGAUUUCAUCGAUAUGGGCCAUUUUCCGCGUACCUUGCUAGGCUGAGGCGUAUUUACUAUUCGUUUGCAGUAGUUCCACUAGCGCUUGGCCAGCGCAUCCAUUAUAUACGUAUUCUUAUCUGUUAUACAUACACUAGUACGAUCUCGUGGUGGAUUUGGCUUCACGUCCAAACAAAGCAGCAUUCAGAAUCCUACGAAAGAGAAAGGUAGGA